UAUUGUCCUAGGUCCGCCCGGGUAACACCCUUUCUGCUCGUUGCAUCUAUAUGAAUCCACUGGAAGUGCUCUCCCAGUCCAUGAACUGCAUCCAUUUCAAUCCCUUCAAGCAAGAACGUCGCCUGUCUGAUGGAAAUUUCUUCAGUGACCUGCAUUCCUUCUCUUUGAUUUUCUAUAUUCUUACCUUCUACUGUCAUCUUUUUUCCCUUAACUAAAACUUCCUCCCCGACCAAAUCAGCAGACCUUUCUUUCUUUUCUCAAGUUGCAUUUUCAACACAAAUUUUCUCCUUGAAAAUAACUAAAUUUGCUUACAUGACUUCACAAUUACCUCAAACACUUCAGCGGGUAAUCAUAUUUAUACAAUCAUGUAAGACCUUCAAACAACUCCAACAAGUUCAAACUCAGAUUACAACAAACGGCCUUGAUCAUCAAAACCACCUCGCGACAUCUCAUUUCCUCUCGAAAUGCUCUGAGUUGAAUCAGAUAAUUUACACCUGCAAAGUGUUCGAUCAAAUUCCGAACCGCAGAGUUACAUCACUUUGGAAUGCAACAUUAAAAGGAUUUCUACAAAAUGACCUCUACAAAGAGGUUGUUUUGUUGUUUUGUGAGAUGAUGAGGGAAAAUGUGAAGCCUAAUUGUUACACAUUUCCUCUGGUCUUGAAGGCUUGUGGCAAGUUUUUGUCUUUGAGAGAAUGUGAGGAAGUGCAUUGUGUCACAGUUAAAAGUGGGUUCAUUUCGAAUACUUACACAGGUACUAAUUUAAUUGAGUUGUAUUCAGAUGAAGGGCGUGUGGAGUGUGCUUUUAGGGUGUUUACUGAGAUGGUUUUGAGGAAUGUUGUAGCUUGGACAGCGAUGAUACAAGGGUAUGUGGCAAAUGGUGAUCUGGUGUUGGCGAGAAGGCUUUUUGAUUUAGCUCCAGAACGGGAUGUGGUAUUAUGGAAUAGAAUGGUUUCAGCAUAUAUAGAGUGUGGGGAUAUGAUAGAGGCUAAGAGGCUUUUUGAUGUGAUGCCAGGUAAAGAUCUGAUGUCUUGGAAUACAUUGUUGCAUGGAUUUGCAAAUAAUGGGGAUGCUGAGGGGUGUGAAAGGUUGUUCAAGCAGAUGCAGGAGAGGAAUAUUUUCUCUUGGAAUGGAUUGAUUGGAGUGUACACUCGAAAUGAGAGUUACAUAGAGGUCCUUGAUGCCUUUAAGAGGUUGUUGAGAGAUACUCAUGUGCAGCCUAAUGAUGCGACACUUGUUAACGUGUUGACUGCUUGUGCAAGAUUAGGAGCUCUUGAUUUAGGCAAAUGGGUGCAUGCAUAUGCAGAGAGCAUUGGUUACAAACAGAAUGUUUAUGUUUGCAAUGGUUUGAUUGACAUGUAUGCUAAAUGUGGGGUGGUAGAAAGUGCAGUCCGUGUGUUUAGGAACAUGGACAAAAAAGAUUUAAUAUCUUGGAACACAAUAAUUAAUGGCUUAGCUGUGCAUGGUCAUGGAGCUGAUGCAUUGAACCUUUUCAACGAGAUGAAAACUACAAGAGAGAAAUUAGAUGGAAUCACUUUCAUAGGUAUAUUAUGUGCUUGUUCUCAUAUGGGUUUAGUUGAUGAUGGAUUGAACUAUUUUCACUCAAUGAUAAAUGAAUAUUCGAUUGAACCUCAAAUUGAGCAUUACGGUUGUGUGGUUGACCUCUUCGCUCGUGCUGGGCUUUUGGAGCAGGCUGUAGAGUUUAUAAGAAAGAUGCCAAUUGUAGCAGAUUGUGUGAUUUGGACUUCUUUACUGGCAGCUUCUCGGAUUCACAAGAAACUUACAGUUGCUGAGAUGUCUCUUCAAAAACUUAUUGAGCUUGACCCGAAAAACCCUGCAAACUAUGUUAUGCUGUCUAAUAUAUAUGGAGAAGCUCAGAAAUGGGAAGACUUGGCACGUAUAAAGGUUGCAAUAAGGGAUACAGGAUCUAAAAAACAGCCGGGAUGCAGCUCCAUUGCAACUGAUGACGGGAUUGUUGAGUUCUAUUCUUUUGACGAGAGGCAUUCCAAAACAGAAGAGAUAUAUUGUGCCUUGAAAGGAUUGAUGAAGUUGUUAAGAUUAUCAGGAUAUGACCCAGACCUUAUGGAGCUUGCGCAGGGUACCUAGGCAAGUUUAGACAUAUUAAAAAACGAACUACCAUGAUUUGAUUGUACAGAUUUACUUGCUCCAGCACUUCCUUAUCUAGCUUGAUUUUUCAGUACUGCUGGUUCUAUACAUUAUUUCGUGAUAUAGGGCACAAACUGAUGAAACUCUCGAAAACUGUUAUUCAUGAAAGCUUGACUGAUCAGUGUCAUAUUUCUUUUCAUGAUGGAUGCGCGUUGCUCAAGGACAAAUGUGAUGUCCAACCUACUCUUCGUCUGCAGCUUCUGAUGAAAUUCCAGUGGCCAACUUUCACUACACCUGGUUGUACUCUUUGAAAGAGCUUGAAAAUGUUUCAUAUGCUUAUUGUGUACUUGUUUGUGUCUGGGUUUAGUUGAAGAUGGAUUGAAUUAUUUUCACCAAAUUAUGAAUUUAUCGUUGAAAAGCAAAUUGAGCGUUAUGGUCAUGUGGUUGACCUUGUGGCUUGUGCUGUGCUUUUGGAGCAGGCUGUGGAGUUUAUAGAGAAGUUUUCAAAGACUGCAGAUAGUGUCUUUCGGACUGAUUUUCUUGCGGCUUCUCAGAUUUACAAGAACAUUAAAUAUGCCAAGUUAUCUCUCCGAAUACGUAUUGUGCUUGACCAAAAAACCAUGCAACUAUGUUAUGUUCUGCUGUCCAAUAUAUUUUGAGAAGCUUGGAAAUGGGAGGACUUGGCUCGGCUAAAGGUUGUAAUGGGUAUUGCGGGGUUGAAAAAACUGCUGGGUAGAGAUGGCAGUGGGGGCGGGGCGGUGGCUUGCCCUGUUUGUUGCCCCCAUUUUUUUAAUAGCUAGAGCCAAAAAUGGAACAGGGAAAACUGCUGCCUUCUGCAUUCCUGCCUUGGAGAAAAUUGACCAAGAUAAUAAUGUUAUGCAAGGUUUUAUUCUUAUCCAUCUUUCUUGUAAAUGUAGCACACUGCAAUUUCUCUUGGAGGACUUUUACCUUCUAGGAGAAUAAGGGCAUUUUGAUAUAAUAAAAAUUUGCUAGAUCUUGUGCAUUUUGGGAGCUGAACGGUGGAUAAGAUAAAUACAUGGUACCAGUAUCUAUCGUUAUUGCACUUUCGUGGAGGCAAGAGUAAAUUCUGUUUUGCUGCUCUAUGAUUUUAUUCUUAUAUAUAUAUAU